UUCAGGCUUUCACCGCUUAGCCUAUCUCCUUAUCCCAUCCCCUCUCUCUCUAAAAAAAUUAUCGCAUGGGACACAAAAUAGGGAGGAUGCCUAUCGCGGGAGGCUCCGCCAGGCCACCGCCAUCGCCGGCGAGCGCAUUGCGGGAGGCUCCGCCAUGCCGCCGCCGACGAGCACGAGGAGGCGUAUCGUGGGGAGGGUGGCGCCAGUCCGCCGUCGGCUCCGCUACCUCACCGCCAACGAGCAUGAGCCUUGAGGUUGAGGAGGAGGCGCGUCGCGGGGAGGACUCCGACAGGAUGCCGUCGUCUCGGCCACGCCACCACCGACGAGCUCGAGGAGGAGGAGUGAUGUGGGGAGGGUUGCACAAGGCCACCGUCGACUCCUCCACGUCGUGAAGAGCAACUCCGAUGGAGCCCGACCGCCUCGGCACAUCCUCUGCGAGUUGAGCGCUCCGGCCAGGGCGCCAUCUCGAUGCUGGCUCUCCUACAGAGUUGAAGGCGCAUGCUAGCUAGAGGUCAGCUUCAUCUGCCAAUCACACUCUGCACUGCAGCGUCUAGAGGAGACGACUUGGUGUUGCAUCGGCUCCUGAAGUGCGGCCUGGAUCCCAAUGAAUCGGAUAACAAUAAUCCAGGACACACUGUUGUUAAUUAGUUCCUGUUAUAUUGUAUUUUUUGGUAUCUGAAUCUUAAUUUUUAGGUGAUGAUUUGUUAACAGCAUAUAGCACUUCCAAUGGGGGUGGGUAAUGUGUUGGGCUCUUGCUAGAGAAUGGCGCUGAUCCAAAUCCUAGAUAUACAGGAGGAGAAGUUCCUUUAUGGAGGCCUCAAGCAGGAGGCACAAGCCCCUGGCGCAUCUGCUAGCGGAGCCUGGCAACGGCCUGCCUGUGAGCGACCCGGCCAUGUAUGCACGCGCCGCCGUCAAGGAGUAUGAUACCACAUUGCUUGAGGAAAUCAUCCGGCGGGGAUGUGACCGUUGCAUGUUGCAGCGACAGCUGCACCUCGCAGUCCAGGACGACAACAUCUGGGUUAUCAGAGAACAUUGGCUGCGACAUCUAGCUCGGGCCAAGGAUGAGGGCUGCCAUUGUUCUCAGCAGUGGUCAAGGUGCACACCUGAAUUGGCCAUGCUGCACCGAGCUGAAUGCCAUGACCUGGCUGUUAUGGUGAACCAAGUUGUUCGGCUUUCAGAACUGUGGAUUUCACGUCAAGGAAAUCUCUUGAAGAACAACAUGGUACAUACUGUAAGCAUCCCAUUAAUUUGGCCAUCCUCAUAUCAGUUUGGGUGGUCUAAUGGAGGAAGCGUCAAGAAUAUAUGUGCGUUUUCAGUGGCAGAAUGGUGCUGCCGUAUCAGUGGCAUCAACGCUGUAAAUUUUGGUUCUGCCAUCAUAAGCUUCUGCUAGAGUAAGAAUAAUAGUUUAUUUGUUCCUACGUACAAACAUUUUCUGGCCUGCUGAGUGUAUAAUUUGUACCAUACAAACGUACUAUACAAUAGACGGAAGUACAUUAUUCUUUGGGUGAAGAUUGUCCACUGCUUUAUCCUGCAGACUGAGAUAUGGUUUUCAUGACUCUUGCCAGUUCUUUAGGCCUUGGUUAGGUAGUUGACUGCUAGCAGUACAUUUUUUGUCGGAUUGAGAAAUUCUAUGGUGCUUAGCCUCUGUGGUUUGUAUUUUUUUAGUAAAUCAUUCGCUGACAGAGUUGGCAGCUAUACUUACAAUGUAGAUCAGGAAGAAAGUUCAACCUUUUGUAAUAGAAAGUCUUGAGCUCUGUUUUUGAUAUGUUGAUUCUUUUAUCAACAAAAGUGAGAUAAUCAUCCCAUUUCCUAUGCUUGGCAUCAAAUACAUAAUUGCUGAAAUGCCUCAUUUAACAAACAUUGUUGUUCACUUCAUGUUGGCCAACUAUUUCAUCAAGGAAGAUACAUAGAUAGAUAGACUCAAUUCAUGUGCAAAAAGUAAGAGUUGACUGUUUGAAUUUUGUUGCAUAAGGAGGUAUAUGGUCAGGCAAUCAGCAGUCCCACAAGUCUGCAGGUGGAAGCUAACAUAUGUUUGGUGAAGUUAUUUGUGAACUCUUGCAGAUGCCAGCUGGAGGGAGUAGUGUUGGAGGACCUAAUAUCAAAUUCUUGCAGACGGUGCUAACUGCCAACACCAAACCAUUGCAGACGGUGGCUGCAGCUAACCAGUAUCUAGAUUGCCAUCAACAGCCAAUGCAUGUAUAAAUAAGACUUGUGUAGUGUAUGUUAUGUAUCCUUCUCACUGCCUGCUAAUAUUGUAUUGUACUAUGGUUUGUGGUUCCUUUUUCACCCUA